AUGGCGGAGCAGUGGGAUCUGGACGAGGAGGGCAUCCGCCGCCUGGGGGCGCUGAGCCUGGAGCAGACGGAACUGGUGGAGUCUCUUUCCUUACAGGGAUCUUACGCUGGAAAAAUCCAUUCCAUCGGUGAUGCCUUCAGAAACUUUAAAAAUCUCAGAUCCUUAGAUUUAUCAAGGAAUUUGAUCACUAGCCUAAAGGGCAUCCAGUAUUUAUGUUCACUCCAAGACCUCAAUUUAUAUUAUAACAACAUUCCUUCAUUAGUGGAGGUAUCGCGCCUUCAGCCUUUACCCUUCCUCAAAGAACUAGAUUUGAGACUCAAUCCCGUCGUAAGAAAAGACACAGAUUAUAGGCUCUUUGCUGUGUACACGCUACAAACACUGGAGAAACUGGAUGACCGAACUGUCCGUGAAAGUGAGAGAAAAGCUGCUAAGCUGCAUUUCAGUCAGUUGGGCAACAGUGAGAAUUUUCUGUUAGAGGUGGAAAAAAGCUCUAGGGAAAAGUUGACAAAAAACUGUGCAACAGACGAGGGCUCUCCAUCCAAGGCCGGUGCUGAUGUUGACAGCAGGAUUGAAACAGACUCCAACAAAGGACUCUUUAUUUCCUUCCCUAACCGGGAAAUAAAGGAUUCCCUCACGAGCACUUGUGCCACCCCAGGCAAUGGGACCCCAGACCAGAAAUCCGGCCCCUUUCCUCUGGGAUCACAAAUGCAGGAAAUGACAAGAAGGGAGCUGCCAAGUGACAAUCACCAAGAAGAUGGCCUUGAAUUCAGACAUUACUCUCCUCAUCAGCCAGCAGCACGAUCCCCAGAGAAGAUGACUAGAGAUGGGUACCGAGUAUCUUUUGUGGACAGUAAAUCUUCGUGUUCUCCAGAAAAGGACUCCAUGAUGAAACUCGACAGUUUUCAGCUCCCGCACGAUGCCUCACCGGGUAAACGCCUGGAUGUGGGUGAUUCCAGCCAGAUCCAUCCCUGUCAGUUACCCACCAGUGUCGGUUUGGAAAAUUAUGACAGUCAUUAUUCUCAAACUCUGUCUCUGCACGGAAGUCUUGGUAAAAGACCUCAGAGGAGCAAGAGCUACAGAGACUAUAGCCUAAAGCCCUCAAAUGAGCUAAAGGCCACCGCAUCCCAUUCUUGCGGCGACUUACUGACUUCCUUUUCAAACUCCAACGCCAGCACCGGGAGACUUUUGAAGCUUAGUUCAGAUCUGUACGCCACAACCCAUUACAGCAGUGACCCUGCUCUGCUCCUGCAUGUUGACCAGCAAUCAGCCAGCAGCCUCGGCGGCGACUCAGCAACGCGUGGUCCUUUCCCCACAACCGCCUCCAUCCUGGGAAACCCUCUGCCUGCUCCACUGCUCCUGCCACCAGGGGCCUCAGAAGAUAGAGGGUUCUGGAGCAAGAGGUCCACCAGCCCAUCACGAAGGGGAUUCGAGCGGAAGGACUCUGUCCUCACCCACCUGAGCCCAAAGCAUGAGUUCAGGGACCUUGCAGGCAGCGAGGCAAGUCCUCUCUCUAGCGACCUGGGCAGUUUGCAUGGUUUGCCAGGAAACCACAGUCCCCCAAUCUCUGCCAGAACCCCGCACGUGGCCACUGUCCUCAGACAGCUCCUGGAGCUGGUGGAUAAGCACUGGAACGGCUCUGGCUCGCUCCUCCUCAACAAGAAGUUCCUCGGUCCUGCCCGAGACUUGCUUCUGUCUUUGGUAGUCCCUGCUCCACCUCAGCACUGGAGCCGCUCCCACCCUGAAGACACCCAGAAAGCCUUCUGCAAUAGAGAGGCAGAACUGAAGGAGGCGGGCCUGCUGGUCCCCAACGACAUGGAAAGUUUGAAGCAAAAACUAGUCAGAGUGUUGGAGGAAAACCUCAUGUUGUCAGAAAGAAUUCAGCAGUUGGAGGCAGGUGCAGGCUUCUCAGUUGUGAGUGGGCAGCAGUCCCAUAAUUAUGAUGAUCUUCUGCGCAGAAACCAACAGCUGACCAUGCAGGUGGCCUGCCUGAACCAGGAGCUCGCCCAGCUGAAAAAGCUGGAGGACACAGUUGCCCUUCUCCACGAAAGCCAGAGAUCUCUGGUGGUGACCAACGAGUACCUGCUGCAGCAGCUGAAUAGAGAACAGAAGGGCUACUCCGGGAAAGCACUUCUGCCCCCAGAGAGGGGUCUCCACCCGGGGAGAUCAUCACCCUUUGGGAAGAGCACACUGUCUUCUGCCUCGCCGGCGGCACAUGACACAGGUCAAUACCUAAUACAAAGCGUCUCAGAUGCUGCCCCAGAGCCCAGCUUAUGGAGCUAGCGUCCACCACUGCCCCCACCAAGGGCUCCCACUCCACUGCCCCAGACAAAGUGCACCUACCUGCGGCAAUGAAAAGAAUGCUUAUU